AUGCGUUCCCUGAUCCUCGGAGUCGAUCAAGGCAACAGUACCCUUGUACAGCGGUUGUACCCCGAUAUCGCAAUUCGCAGAUGGACCGAAGCGCAGAUGAUUGCAUGCAACAAGUCGUUGCGAUCUCUGCACAACGUUGCUUGUGUUGGCGACCGUGUCUCCUCUCUUCUAGUUAAGUCGAUUGAGCGAUGCUUGCCAAAGCCGCAUGGUUAUCGUUCGUCUGAUUAUGCCAGCGGUCCCCAUAUCAGAAGUUUGUUGGUUUAUCAGAGACAAGAGGUGUCAGGACAAUCUUUGCUUGUUGAUUGCAACGAACUUUUGGUGUCUUUUCGACUGUUUUCGGAGGAAACCAGCGUCGUGACAGAUGUUGCCUACUUGAUAGGGAGUCUUGCAGAUGGACUUGCCCAGGAUCAAGAGCGGCUAGAUGUCUCCACUAUCUCGUACCACACUGCUGGGGAUUCCUGUGUUGGUUACGUGGUGUUUUGCUCUGUUUCGGACGCUUGGUUUAACAGGGCUAAAACGACUCCUAUGUUUGAACCUUAUGGUUCAAACGAAACAUAUGUCGCCACAUGGCCGCUCCUGGAACAGCGUCUAUCAACUGAAGAAUUGAUUGCGAGGACGAUAAAUGAGGCAAGGUAUGCAUAUUCUUAG